CUCUUUUUCUUUCGCCAUCAGUCUUUCUCUCAGACUCUCUACAUCCACAGCAUCCCUGGCCACACGCCUGUACCAUUACCCAGUAGCUUUAAGAGUGUGUGCGGAAGAUUCAGUCGAAAGAGAUCCUCACUAAGAUUCAAGCGUUUCUGACAAGUCCGUCAUGAGUACCUUUGGGUACCGAAAGGAGCUGAAGAGGUAUGAAUCAGUGGAUGAAGAUGAGGUGCUGGCUGGCUUGUCGUCUGAGGAACUCCAGGAGCUGGAAAGGGAGUUGGCGGAUAUGGACUCGGAUGACAAUGUACCUAUCGGGCUGAGGCAGAAAGACCAGACGGCCAAGAACCCCACAGGCACCUUCUCCAGAGAGGCACUGCUGAAAUACUGGGAGGACGAGACACGCAAACCGCUAGAGGAUGACAGAUCUGAAUCAUCCCCUGAACAUGGCCUCAUGGAGGAAGGACAGACUGAUAAGAGUGAAGAGGAAUGUGUGACAGAGAGUGACAGUAACAUCACAGAGUCUGAGGACAAUGAUGAGGAAGAGGAAUGCCAAAAUGGAAGGGAAGGGAGCGAAGACGAGGCAGGUGAGGAGGAGAAUGGUUCAACUGAGGAUGAAAAUGAAGAGGAAAAGAAGGACAAAUGCAAAGAGGAGCCUUUACCCACUUCUGGUAGACAUGGGCAGAAUGUUGUUGACCACCUGUCAAGACACCCAGGGAAUGGUUCUGAAAGGGGAGACUUGAGAAUGACAACGACAGACCAAAACCUAAAUGUGACUCCAGACAGACCUUGCGGGAACCCUAUCGUGAUUGACGAGGCACUUGAACGGAUCCUUUGCGAUGAUCCCACGAUGAGCGAGCUCAACUUCAACAACAUCGAAGACAUCUCUCAGGAGACCUUGCUGCGUAUCUCCGAAGCACUGAGCGCCAACACACACGUACGUGUUUUUAGCCUUUCCAACACCCGCGCCAAUGACCGGGUUGCCUUCGCCGUCUCCAAGAUGCUCAGAGAAAACUGCUCCAUCACCAACCUCAACAUUGAGUCCAACUUUGUGUCUGGCCGCGGCAUCUUGGCGCUGUUGGCAUCGCUCCAACAAAACUGUACUCUGGUGGAGCUGCGCUUCCACAACCAGAGGCACAUCUGCGGGGGGCAGGUUGAGAUGGAGAUGGUUCGCAUCCUGAGGGACAACAACACCCUCCUCAAGCUGGGCUACCAAUUUGAUCUGCCAGGCCCCAGGAUGACCGCCACCAGUAUUCUGACCCGCAACCAGGACCGACAGAGGCAGAGGCGGCUGCAACAACAGAGGGAGCAAGGCCAUCCUGAAGCAACAGUCCAGCCCAGGGCCGAUGCCGGGACAACAAGCCUAGUUUCUGGAUCGCCUCCUUCAAACAAACCACCCUGGUCCUCUCCAAAACAUGCAAGGAAUGACCAAACCCUAAAUAACGUCCCUCCUCCGCCUCCCCCUCCUCCACUCCCUGGCCUUCAGUCUGAGAGGAAUACACCGACCAGGAAGAUUGCAGAGAUGAUCAAACAACAUGAAGGGAGCACAAAGGGUCAGUCAGGCCAAAAUAAACCCAAAUCCAAGAGGGGCAAAAAUGGAGCCAACAAGAAGGAGAGCUCUGACAUUCUCAAGGAGCUGAAGAAUGCCUUGAAGCCUUCUUCGCGAAAGAAGAAAGACAACCCACCCCGGCCACUAGCACCUCAGAUGUCUACCCGCGAUGAUCUGAUGGCGGCUAUUCGUGGUAGCAGCAUUAGAUCACUCAAAAGGGUGACUCUCCAACAGGAUCAAUGUUAAUAUUGUGGUGAUCAAGAGCUAUUCUGCACAAAUACCGCACCCACUUCAUUCUGUAUUCAUAAAAAAAUUUAACAUUUUUACCACAAAUGCUAAAUAUAUAAAUAUAAGUAAAUUAAAAUAUAAUAAUUUGUUUAUGUAUUACUAUGAAACUUUCUGCUUGGAAAACUGUUGAUACAUAUGAUUUUGUUACAGUGUUAUGUAAAUACUUUCCUGUCAUGUUGUGAGAAAUACUAUACUUGACUUGAUUGCAUAUUAUCAAUGGGUGGCAAUUUAUGGAUUAAAGGCACAAUCCAUAAUAUUU